AUGUCGGCCCGAUACGCCUUUGCCAAGGGCCUGAAGGAGGUCCGGUUUCUUUUCUGCCAGACGGGCGAGCACAGCUCCGCGACGAGGUCAUUCCUAACACGAGCCUACCCGAUCAUGAAGAAGAACAACCCGACGACGCCGAUUAUGUUGCGGGAAGCGCAAGGCACCCUGCCCCGGAUCUAUGCGCGAUACGAGUUUGGAAAGGAGAAGAGCGAGUCAUUAGAAGGGCUUUCGGACAAGCAGAUCGAGGAUGCGGUGACACAGCUGGUUAAGGAAUAA